AUGCCUAUGCCGGCAUUGCGAAUAGGGAAACGAUGUGGUGCUCUAGCUGCCAUCGUUCGACAUGGAUCAGACGUCAUCCGAAGGACAUUGCAGCAGCUGAAUCUCCCGAUCCCUGCGCAAGAGCCGUGUCAAUCGAUAGAUGGUCGUACAUCUGGCUUUAGUGCGAUGACGGCAAUGGAGGGCACGAUCCCCGCAAAAGCUCGGGGAACCCCGCAAAGCUGGGGUGCCUCGACUCGAGGCACUCGUAUGACAAUCGACACUUGCCAAAGCCAAGCUGCCUCGUUGCCCAUCUAG